AUGGCUGCUCUCAGCAAGUCCAUACUGGAAACAUUUGUCGUCCCACGUGUGCAGCUCCUUUCCAUUGUUUCCUCUCUUUUUCCUCUGUUACUCAGGAAGCUGUUGGGGCGUUUCUACUCCUGGUCAGCUGGGUUUGGGGCGGCACUGCCAGCCUCAUACAUCGCCAUACUAAUAGAGCGGAAAAGCAGGAGAGGACUCCUAACAAUUUACAUGGCGAACCUGGCAACGGAGACGAUUUUCCGGAUGGCUGUCACAAGGGGUCUUGUUAAGCCUAUGAAACACGGAGAGGUUCUUCUCUUCUGCUUGACUGCGUCUCUCUACAUGUUUUUCUUCAGAUGUAAAGAUGGACUGAAUGGCUUUGCAUUCUCUGCCUUAAAAUUUAUAGUUGGCAAGGAGGAGAUCCCAACACACCCUUGUCUUGCUGAGCACGUGUACGAACAGGGUUCGGAGAGAGACACACAGCCACCGGAUGAGAGACCGGAGCACACGCCUGCCUCCAGGGAGAGCUGCAUUAGAGCGUUUACACGCAAACUCCUAGACUCUAUAUGCAAACAUGGACCCAGGCAUAGAUGUUGCAAACACUAUCAAGACAACUGCAUCUCCUACUGUGUUAAAACAAUGUAUUUCAAAGGGAUCGAGGCAGGCAGGUUUCCGUACUUCCCUCACGCUGACACAGUAAUCUAUGCCAUCUCUACUGCCAUCUGUUUUCAAGCGGCGGUUAUGGAAGUGCAAAAUCUGAGACCAUCGUACUGGAAGUUUCUACUGCGGUUGACGAAGGGCAGGUUUGCUCUGAUGAACAGAAAAGUGCUUGAUGUUUUUGGGACCGAGGCUUCCAAACACUUUGGUGACUUCACGCCUAAACUUGACCCCAGAUACGUGCUGUGUCCCAUCGACAUGGACGUGCAGCUGGGCUGACAGGCCCGUGGGUAUCUGCGAAAUGUCUUCCCAUAGACCAACAAUGACACAAAGGCACGAAAAGCUCUUGCACACGAUCUCUCUCCUAUAUUCUCUCGCCCUGGCGCUCUGUCAUUAAAUGUGAAGUGAAAUUGUGAAGUGCUUAUAUGUUUACGUUGAUGUAGAUCUGAAGCAUUUUGCAAUGUAAUUACCGCAGGCAAGAUGUGACCUCUAUGUACUGUACACACAAUAUCAGCAUCGGUUUGUCUGAAGAUGAUCUGAAGUUCAUAGGAUAAUGAUUGCUUAUUGGAUUUUCAAGGACAGAAUGACAUAGCAGGAAUGUGUUCACGCUAACUCGGCUAUUCCUGGACUGCUUGGGAUCUGACCUGCGAUCUCUGUGUUUCAUAGUCCGCAGCAUUAACUAAUCAGCUUUGAGACUAUUAAAUGUUU